UUAUUAUUAUUUUUUUAUUUUUUAUUAUUUCUAUUUUUGGAAUUAUCCUGUGUAUUUAAGCUUUUUCAUUUACAAAUUAUACAAGAGACUUUUUUUCAUCUUCACAGCGUUCUCUCUGAAAAUGGAGAACGGCUUUAAAGUUCGAAUCACAAGAAUGUUUCAAUCGCCGUUCAACUCUUGCCGGACAAAACACACCUCCGACGUUGCUGAUCAGCCCUUUUUCUUCCCGGAAAACCGCCAUCACCGCCAACUCAUCGAUCUCUUCUCCCCUAAACCUCAACCAUUUCGUAAACCCAAACACCAAAACGUCUCCGACAGAAACACUCUAUUGCCGGAAGCUACAGAUGCCGGAAAACCACACUCUGCUACCAUUCCGCCGCCUCUGUUCUACGAAAAGAAAUCUAAAAGCACCAAGAAAAAGAAAACCCAUUACCGGAAAACCACCAAAAGCCAAGAUUUUUCAUCUGUUACAGAUAAUUACUACUACGAUUGUUGCAGCACCGAUGAAGAAGGUGAAAGCGACGGCGAAACCACUAUGUUUUCCUCCCGAUCACUUUCCUCCGACUCGUCGGUGUCUUUUCGCAAAAACAGAGAACGACGAUUGACGCAGAAAAAACCCAAGAAAAGCCGCGGUGGUCGUGGAUGCAAGGAUCUUAAAGCUACUGAUGUAAUCCCAUUGAAGAGUAAAGGCAAAUUCAUCACAGAUAGUGUUGCAGUGGUGAAGAAAUCGAACGACCCACAUGAAGAUUUUAGGGUUUCGAUGUUGGAGAUGAUCGUUGAAAGACAAAUCUUUGGAGCACGUGAUCUUGAGAAUCUUUUAGAGUGUUUUCUUUCACUUAAUGCGCAAGAACAUCACAGAGUUAUCUUUGAAGUUUUCACUGAGAUUUGGGAGACUCUUUUUUCCGACUGGCUUUGAUUCAAUGGCCCUGUUUUGUUCUUCAUUUUUUAGCUCUGUUUUCAUAUUUAACUUUGGUUAAUUAUUGUUAUCCUAAUUAAAGAAAAAUAGUUUACAUCAA